CAUCAUGAAUAUCUUAACUGUGAUAUCACGAGAAACUAUUAAAUAUCAUUUUAAGCUCAUUUUGCCAAACCGACUAUGAAACAGUUGGGUUUUUUUUUUUGUUUUUUUUCUUAUGCCCCCUCUUGACCCUUGUGGACAUGUUGUCCUCAUGUCCUGUAUUGUCGGCAGCCUCCUGGCUCAUACGUAUAGUGUUGAGUUUAAUAUGUCGGCGAGAAAGGAAACGUGCGUUGACAGACAUCUGCUAUUAAUGUAGUCUUAGAGGAGUCAGACCUUUUAAACUGCGGUGUUUAAAAAUGUCGAGCUGUUGUUUGCCGGCCUCCCCGGUCAUCACUCUUUGGGCGCUACACCGACUUCGCUGACUCUCUCGUCAGCCAGAAAUGUGCCCAUGUGUCACGGAUGAUUAAGUAGGCAAUCAGCCAGUAUUGAUUAACAUGAUUAGUUGGCGUGCAAGGGCGAGGAUGUAUGGUGUGUUUCAGAGUGGCUGCCUCAGACAGAGAUGGAGCCAGCGCUGUCUGCACUGUUUGGCCAGAUGGAUCCUCAGUGCUCCCACCACUGUCAACGCCGCAUGCUUUAUGUCUCCUGCAGUAUUGAUUUUCUACACCCUCUUUAAUUUCUUGCCGUAUAAUAUCUGCUUUUCUAAACCCAGAGUCACGAUGAGCAAUUGCUUUUGGAGCCCGUCAUGUGCACUGGUUCUAUGGCGAGGUGAGGUUUCUGUGACGCACAGGGAGGAUUCUUUUGCAGCCACUUCAGUUAAUUCUCCGUUUCUUUUAAGGACACAGAGUCGGGCUUUUCGACACAGAAGUUUGCCACACACCAUACACCAUUUGUCACAGCAGCACUGCACAAAUGAGACUUAAGAGCGGCCUAUGAUUUGCUCUUUACCAAACGGACACGCUCCAUUAACUUUUAAUUAUGAGAGUGCCGCGUUACAGGUAGGCACAAUAACAAGCCACACUGUGCCAAAUGUCAGGAGCGGCUCUGCAGAGGAGCAUGUGCCUCUGCAUAACAUAAGAAAACAUGACUGCAUAGAGAAAGAGACGGGCAAAGUGGAAGCCAGAAGAUGACAGUGUGGUUUGUAAACAGGCAGCUGGGCUUUGUGUGGAAGGGAUGAACAAAGAGAGCAGCCUGUCCUCAGGGAGGGAGAAGGCAGCCUGACAGCCUCAUCUGAGCUGCCUGGGACUCUGGGAGAAGAGAUCUGGACUGGCCUAAAUCUACUCCUCAGCUUCACUAUUCUCUGUCUAUUCUCUGUCUCCAUGCUUCCCCUCCCUCCCUCCCUCGCUCCCUCCCUCCUGGCUGCCUGUCCUUCCCCCUCUAUUCAGGCUACUGAGUUUGUGCUCUCCUCGCAGCAUGAGUAAGGGAGAGUGAUAAUAGAAAAAGGCAGUCUUGCUGCAUCAGUACAUUUACACCACUCUCUAUCUCCUCGCAUCCAGGAGAGAGAUAAGUUCUACAUGUCCCGCAUUGUGGUGUUAGAGCUUCUGCAAGCUCUCAAGUUCAAGUCUCCUCUGCCUGACACAAACUUGCUACUGCUGGUCCAGUUUGUUUGUGCAGAUAUUGGUACACGGCUCGCGGAAUCAACCAUCAUCCAAAAGCACAUGAUCUCGACGCUGCAGGGGUGCACAACUGCAGCAAUGGAAUGCAUGAGGCAAUACAUAAGCGAGCUCCUGGACUUCAUUGCAGACAUGCACACGCUAACCAAACUUAAAAGCCAUAUGAAGGCUUGCUGUCAGCCGCUGCAUGAAGACACUUUUGGGGGGAACCUGAAAGUGGGUUUGGCACAAGUCGCCGCCAUGGAGAUCAGUAAAGGGAACCACCGCGAUAACAAAGCUGUGGUGCGUUAUCUUCCCUGGCUUUAUCACCCACCGUCCACCAUGCAACAAGGGCCAAAAGAAUUCAUCGAGUGCGUGUCCCACAUCCGUCAGCUUUCCUGGCUACUGCUGGGCUCCCUGACACACUGUGCCCUGCACCAGGGCUCCACCUCCUGCAUGCCCAUCCCUCUCGACGCUGGCUCCCACAUUGCAGAUCAUCUCAUUGUUAUACUCAUUGGUUUUCCAGAACAGUCAAAGACGUCCGUGUUGCACAUGUGCUCUUUGUUCCACGCCUUCAUGUUUGCCCAGCUGUGGACCAUUUACUGCGAGCAGGCAGCUGCUGCGCCGUCACUGCAGAACCAGAACCAGACAGAGUUUUCCUCCAGCGCCAUCCUCACCGGUCUAGAGUUCUGGAGUCGGGUUACACCGAGCAUCCUGCAGCUCAUGGCGCACAAUAAAGUGAUGGUGGAGAUGGUGUGUCUUCACGUCAUCAGUCUGAUGGAAGCCCUGCAGGAGUGCAACUCAACCAUAUUUGUCAAGUUAAUUCCUAUGUGGCUGCCCAUGAUUCAGUCAAACCUUAAGCAUUUGUCAGCGGGGCUGCAGUUGCGUCUCCAGGCCAUCCAGAACAGGGUAAACCACCAGUGUCUCCAGGGUCAAGCAUCCGGAGCUCCUCCGUUCGCUCUCCGCAAAUGGCUGCAGUGCACCCAGUUCAAGAUGGCUCAGGUGGAGAUCCAGUCGUCGGAGGCCGCCUCGCAGUUCUACCCCAUGUGAUCGUGCGGCUCUCUCAACCGCGUAUCUGCUCUGGCUGAAAGUUCCGCCCCAGAAGGAGAAGAAGGGAAAAAAAAAAGGACUCUUACAUAAACUGAUGCUGUGUGGGAUUCAAAUGGACUGAAUCAUUCUGCACCUUUUUAGUAUAAUAUCUCUAUAUGUACAGCAAAUCUAUGCUAUUGUAAAGAACUAGCGCUGGAGCUGAUGAUGAAAGGUGUGGUAGGCUUGUGUUUGAUAAAUGUAUCAGGUGCCUAUAACCGAGUCCGUCAAUGACCACGAGAAUUUCUAUAGACCCACGUCCGUAAUAGUGAGAGCGUGAAAGCAAAUGACUGUGUUUGAGAGCUGUAACUUUUUAAACGACUCGGCUGCAAACAGGAUAAUAAAAGUAUGAGUUUUCUUUUUCUAAA